AUGCGGAAGCUUGCCAAGUGGCUCCGGACCUCACGCGUCUUGAAGAAGCUGCAUCUUCACGGUGCCUUCGGCGUCACUCUCGACGCCCUCGGAAGCAUUCUGCCGCAGCUCGUGCAGCGUCGCCUCGAGUCCUUUUCGUUUGACGCGCACUGGGAGACUAAACACAGCAUGCCCCCCGUCAACAAAACCGACGCCGAAUUGUUGGCCUACGCGCUCAAGUGCCGUCGCCACCACGAGUGCCCUCUCAAGAUCCGCAUUUUCAUCGACUCGCUCGAUGCCCUCGCGGUGCUCUUCCCGGUGCUGGCGACGUGCGCGAACGUGAAGCUGGACGUCAAGUGGCCCGACGAGCUCGACGCCGAAGCCAACGCCCUUGCGGCUCAGCAUCGUCUGCGCAUCGUGCGUCGCCACCUUUUUGGCGGUGCUUUUGCUCCGCCCGUCUAA